GUGUUUCAUGUGUGUUUGUUUAUUGUUUCAGGUAAGAGUUUCUAUUAUGACUAUACAUCUUUCUUCGGGAACGGUGAGAUCUACAUUCCGGUGCCGCAAGCAUUUCUAUUGUUUGGACAGCGGAAAGGCACAUCACCGGAAAGUGAAUCCAGCGAAAUUACUAAAAAAGGUGCCACCGAAAGUGUGAGUGCGAGUGAUGUCGUCGAUGUCAGUGAUGAAAACGACAAGUGCGUGAAACAAGAGGAAGUGAGCAAACCGGAGGUGUGCGCAAAGAGUGACAGUGAAGUGAAGAGUGAAGUGAGUGGUGGUGCGGGCGCGGAUGGUGUUGUCAGCGCCGUGGCCUCCGAGGAGGACGACUGUGUGAUAGUGUGCGCGCGUGAUGCGGACGAUCGGUCCGAUUCCGGAGUGAGCGGCGUCCGCUCAGGCGGCUCCGCCAGCUCGGUGGAGGAGUGGCGCGGCAUGGCGCACGGGUAUGGCGGCGGUCCGCCCCCGCCUCUGCUGCAUCUGCCCCCGCCACACCCCCCCUCGCACUAUACCAGCGAGAUGCUGUGGAAACGGCAAUACCACAACCAGUUGCAUGCGCCACUGCACCAUGCCAUCACUGAUGACUACCUGGCUACAUACGAUAGAGAGAGACAUGAAAGACUGCUACGAGAACGAAGGGAUCAGGAGCAACGUGAUUUACUGGAGAAACAGCAGAAAGAGAGAAAGGAGAGAGAACGGCUAGAACAAGAGAGGGAAAGAGAAAGGGAAAGGGAACGAGAGAGGGAAAAACAAGAAAGGGAAGAUAAAGAGAGGAGGGAACAAGAGAAUGCCGCCUCUAAGCUGGUGACGCGGCAUUUCGAGGAAUCUCUGAGACUUGCGAAUCAAAAGGUGAAUAACAUGUUUCGGGAGCGAAUGUCUUCGUGGACGAUAGUGCCGAGUCUGACGCCGAACCGGGGCGCGCCAGCUCCCGAGCACGAGCGACUCCGUGCGCCUCCGCCGGAACGCGCCUACUACUCACCGUCCGCACACCCUUCCGGACACCCCGCGCAUCCUUCACACCCCUCACCGAGGCCGCCCGUAUCCUCGGCAGACUACGGCUCGCCACAUGCGCGAUUAAUUUCAUCUAAAUCGGACAAGACGGUGUCCCAUCCUUCUUUACCUAAAGGAGAGCCAAACUUCGCGCCUUACAAUUACCCUUACCGAUCCUACGACAAAUUGAAAGAUCCGCAUUUACCGGCACCGCCACCACUCGUGCCGGAGAAGAAUUCCGUCAUUGUAAAGCAUGACGCAAAGCAAAUCCAUCUCGAACAGAAACAUCAGUAUCCUAGCAAGCCCCGUAGUGAGCUUCCAACUCAUUACCUGCCAUCGCGGCCGUACAGAACGGGUCCGUCGCCACAUGCACCGCCACACCCGGCGCUGCAGCCUACACCGCACGCGGCGACACUCCCCGCACAGGAUAAGGGGGCGCGGCGGCUCUACCAACCUCAAGUUCAACCGCCACCACAGAGGUCGCCCGCAUACUACCCAGCGGCUCCACCCGUAAAGCAAAAGGUGUCUAGUCCGGCUCCGCCGCAUAUCUACGGCAAACCGAGCGGCUCGCCGAGCCCCGCUCAUUACGCUGUUGCAGUGGAACCCCCUCCGCAGCUCGCGAAGUCCGAUCCGCCACCAGUACCCUACCCUCCGCCGUCGGCGUAUUCACCUGCGACUCGCGCGCGGCCCCCGCCACCGGCCCAUUCACGGACGCCAGAACCACGUCCACCGCCACGACCACUCGUCGAUUCCGCUGCUACUUCACCCUGCCAAACUCAACCAUUGGAUUUGGGUAUUGCACGCGACGAUCCCGAUCGAUUGUCGCCGCGACGGCGAGCUGCGGCUGACUCUCCUGCUGGACCUGAUGCAGAAGCGAAACGGCGGCGAUUAGAAGAACCGACUGCACCGCAACCUCUCAUCGCGGCGGCGGCGAGUGUAGCACGCGCCCCGCCCGGCUCCGAGCCUGCGCCACAGGCUCCGGGCCCGCCUUGUGACGUACGAGUUCCUUCGGCUGAUGGCAGCAUUGAGACACCCGAGCGAGCAGCGGGAGCAUCACCUGCGCCGCGGCUCACGCCAGCGGCGAGUCCUGCGCCUGCGACACCUGUCCCUCCCGUUGCAGCAUCGCCACCACAGGCUGCUGCUCCACCACCAGCGCCAACGCCUCCCGCCCCGCCUGCGACUCCCCCGGUGGUCACUGGAGGUGAUCAGGAUACUCCGGCUAAAGCCGCGUCGUCACCCCGUGAUGGCUCCGCGCCUGUACGGCAUCUCGGCAAGAAGGCCUGGCUUCAACGACACGAAACCGCUCCCAUCGGCGAGGGCGAUUGCUCCGGCGGCGGCGGGACCUGCAUCACGUUGCCGAUGACUAUCGCUCGAGGCUCAGAACCGGACGAUUCCGGUUCCAAUGUGACCGUACCGAUUGCGGCCAAAUCCAUUCAGCGGACCGCACGGAAACCGUCCAAACCGCGGAAGCCCAAAGAGACCAAUGGCCGUGUCGACGAUGCCGAAGAGGACAGUUCAAGUUCCGAUCGCGAAUCGGCCGCUCCGCCCAAAAGAAAACCACCCAAAGCGAAACGGAAAAAAGGUGUAGUCGCGCGGAAAGCCGGCGACGAACCAAAGCGGAAGAAGGCGGCCGAGAGCGGCAGCGAGAGCGACAAGGAAAGCGACGAUAAAGAUUCCGACUCCGGCGGUAGCGGCAGCGGCAGCGGCAGCACGUCGAGCCGGCGCGGCGGCGCGGGGCGCGCGCGCGGGCGGCGCUCGCGGGGCGGCGGCGGGCGCGGGGGGCGGCGUCGGGACGAGCCCCCGCGCCGCGCCGCCGCCGCCGCGCCCGCGCGCCCGGCGCACGACUCCUUCCUGCAGAGCGGGCCGUGCUUCGAGGUGGCGCCGCGGCUCGCCAAGUGCCGCGAGUGCCGCUGGUCGCCGGCGCAGCGCGACAAGGACAUGCCGAACAUCUUUUGCCGUUUCUACGCUUUCCGAAGACUGAAGUACGCUAAGAAUAGACAAUUAGCGAUAGCCGGCUUCUCGGACCCCUAUAAAGAUGCCGAGGAGGAGGAUAAAAAGUUAUGGCUGUCGUCAUCAGCCGGCGCCGCCGAGCUAGACAUAGAGAUGAGUUGCUUCCUGCUCAGGGAGAUUGGAGACCAGUUCUGUGAACUGUUACAACAAGAGAAAGAAGCGGAAUCACACCACCUGAACGAUGACAAAACGAUAGCAUGGAAACGCGUGGUGCAAGGCGUGCGGGAGAUGUGCGACGUGUGCGAGACCACGCUGUUCAACUUCCACUGGACUUGCGGCAAAUGCGGAUUCGUCGUCUGCCUAGAUUGCUAUAAGUCACGGACGUCAGGUGAAUCGGCCAAUUCAAAUAGCGAAACAAAUAACACAUCUAACGCCACGACCAACGGCGAAAGAGAUUCAUUCGGCUGGCUGACGUGCACGGCGGGCGGCGCGCACCCGGCGCGGCGGCUGCUGCUGACGCAGAUCGCGGCGGGCGGCGCGCUCGGCGCGGCGGGCGCGCACCGCCUGCGCUCCACCUACGCGCUGCCGGCCUGCGCGUGCGGCGCCGCGCCCGACCCCGACCCGCGCGACCGCCUCGCCGCGCGCGCCCUGCUGCACACCGCCUUGCAUAAGAACGUCAAGAAAGAGGAAGUGAAAGAAGAAACCGCAGCCGCUAACGGAUCUUCACCUGUCAAAUCGGAGAAUGGCAAAACAAGCGGCUCCGUAGUGAGCUGGCUUGCGGACCUGCCUGUCGAUGGUGACGUCAAGGAUGAGAAGUCAGACUCAAGCUCGUCAGAUUCUGAAGAAGGUGGCAACUUCUCCACCCUGCGUGAACUGCUCAUCAGACCCGCGCCUGAGGGAGGCGAUACGCAGCCUAAGAAGAAGCGAAAGAAGAGCAAGGGAGACACACUCGAUGACGUCAUAUCCAGCGUUGUUGAAGAGAAAAAAGACGAGGACGAUGAAACAAAGCCAUUCGCAUUAUCCAAUGUGGUGAAGCGGUACGAGAGAAGCGGCCGCGAGCGGGAGGAGUUGCCCAUCCGGAUAAUGACGCUCACCGAGUCCAAGCUGCUGUACCCCGAAGUGCCGCACGCGUGGCUCUGCGACGGCAAGCUGCUGCAUCUCACCGACCCCACACACGCCGGCAACUACAAGCCAUUCCAGGACCAAUGGAAACGCGGUCAACCAGUUCUAGUCUCAGACGUAUCGACACUUCUUGAUAAGGACCUGUGGAGUCCUGAAAGCUUCUCUCGUGACUUCGGUGACACGAGGGUCGACCUAGUCAACUGCGCGUCCGGCCUGGUCGUGCCCAACCAGCCCGCCAGGAAGUUCUGGGACGGCUUCGAACUGGCCGCCAAGAGGCUGCGCGACGAGCGCGGCGCCCCCAUGGUGCUCAAAUUGAAAGACUGGCCCCCCGGCGAAGACUUCGCGGAACUUCUACCGGCUCGGUUCGACGAUCUCAUGCGGGUCCUACCGCUCGGCGAGUACACGUCGCGCAACGGGAAACUCAACCUGGCCGCGAGACUGCCCGAAUGUUUCGUGCGGCCGGACCUCGGGCCCAAGAUGUACACCGCGUACGGCGGCGCCGGCGGCACCACCAACCUGCACCUGGACGUGAGCGACGCCGUGAACGUGAUGGUGCACGCCAGCGCGCCCGCCGACGCGCCCGAGCGAGCGCGCGAGGCGGCGCGCGCGGCGGAGGAGGCGGGCGUGGACGUGCUGUCGCGCCGCCGCGCGCGCCUCAAGCCGCCCGCCGCGCUCUGGCACAUCUACGCCGCCAGGGACGCCGACAAGAUCCGCGACUUCCUCGUGCGCGCCGAGCUGGAGCGCGGCGCGCGGCCGCGGCCGCAGCACGACCCGGUGCACGACCAGACGUGGUACCUGGACGCGGCGCUGCGCGAGCGCCUGUACCGCGAGUACGGCGUGGAGGGCUACGCCAUCCUGCAGUGUCCGGGCGACGCCGUGUUCGUGCCGGCCGGCGCGCCGCACCAGGUGCGCAACCUGCUGGACUGCAUCAAGGUGGCGGAGGACUUCGUGUCGCCGGAGAACGUGUCGCGGUGCUUCGAGCUGGCGCAGCAGUUCCGCCAGCUGUCGCGGCAGCACUCCAACAAGGAGGACAAGCUGCAGAUAAAGAACAUCGUGUACCACGCGGUGAAGGAUUCCCUGUGCUGUCUCGAGGAGGCGCUCGCCAAAGCCAAGUGAAGCCGAGCACGCCUCCGGCAUUUGAUCUCAACCUCGAACGUAACAUUAAUUGCUAAGUUCCGCAUUUAAAUGUAAGAUUGGGAGCGAGUAUGAUACGCGCUGUGCGCCGUUUCUUGUAUAAGAUGCCAUUGUUAAGCGUCCGAGUCGAUUGUGUACCAGUUAUGUGUGUAAGUGUACUCGAAAUGUGAUUAAGUCCGUCGCGCCGCUUCCGACCGGAGUAUGUGCAAUGUAAAUUAGUCUGAAUAUGGUGAUAUCGUUGAGAUGUGGAUGUGUUUUAUGUUCCUUAAUCGAAAUACAAAUAAACUCUUCAGGUUAUUUACAGCUUAAUUGUAGCUAUAGUGAUAUGUAUGUAUUGUGUAAAUUUUUAAUUCGAAUUCCAUCGAGUACAUAAUAAGAAGUGUAUACUUUUAAGUUAUUGUAUUGAAAUAAACGUAUUCGCUCCAAGCAUUGUACAUUAAAACACGGCGUGUAGAUAAGUUUAUCCUAUUAUUAGAUUUCUCAAUUUGGUUAGUAUGUUACAAAAUGAUAGUUAAAAUGUGACAAUUUCAUUUUGUCCUUAUUGCUGUAUUAGCAAGUUUUUUUUGUACUGUGUAUAUUAUGUAUGGUUAUAAGUUGGAAUAAAAAAAAGAUGUUUAUAUUA